UUCACAUCUAAUUCACACAGAGACAGAGAGAGAGAGAGAGAGAAGGAGGGAGGGAGCUGCUGACUCAGGACUUUCCCCCUCCUCCGUCCCCGUCUUCUGAGUGGUGUGAAGCGGCAGCACAGACGUGAACGAGUUACAGCCAUGUCGGGCAUCCUCCUCCUGCUCCUGUCCUUAUCCCGCCUGGUGGCCACGGUGCCUUCUCCAGUCCCCUGCAGACACUGCUGUGAUCACCUGGAGCCAGCAGAGGGCAGCGGCGCCCAGCCAAGAAGUUAUGCCCCAGAGGUCCGCACAUACAUCAACAUGACCAUUCUGAAAGGUGACAAAGGAGACCGUGGUGAGAGAGGGACACCAGGGAAAGCUGGACUUGAAGGACCUCCAGGCUCUAUUGGGCCAGCGGGAUCAAAAGGCUCCAAGGGUCAGGCUGGUCUCCCAGGAGACCCCUGCAAAGUCCAGUACUCUGCUUUCUCCGUCGGCCGUAGAAAAUCCCUUCACAGCCUGGACUCCUAUCAGGCGCUUGUGUUCGACACGGUCUUCGUUAACCUCGACGACCACUUCAACAUGUUCAAGGGAACGUUCGUCUGCCACAUCCCAGGGAUCUACUUCUUCAACGUCAACAUCCACACGUGGAACUUCAAGGAGACGUACCUCCACAUAAUGCAGAACGACACAGAGCGGGCGAUUGUGUACGCUCAGCCCAGCGACCGCUCAAUCAUGCAGAGUCAGAGCCUGAUGCUGGAGCUGGAGCUGAACGAUGAGGUGUGGGUCCGCCUGUACAAGAGGGAGAGAGAGAACGCCAUUUACAGUGACGAUGUAGAUAUCUACAUAACGUUCAGUGGAUACCUCAUCAAGCCCAGUGAAGAGAAGGAAUGAAU